AUGUGGCAUGAAGAGGAUGAGGAGAUGUCACAACUUUUAAAAUCACUAAUAAGUUUAGAGAAGCAGCAACGUAAAAAUAAAGAAAACAAGGACGAAACAUUUGAUUUUGAAGCUCAUAUUUUCUUUGAUGAUGCUUUCAUUAAACCGACAGGAAUAAAUCGCUAUGUUGAAACAUUAAUCAAGAUAGUUAAAACAGUUACAAAUUUAGAUACAUAUAAGGUCGAGAUAACACCUUAUGGGGAAAGAUUGGUGUGGAAUAUUUCGACUGAGAACCAACUAGUUGUUCACUUGAAGGAUAACGAUAAAAUCAGAAACAAAAAAAGGUGGAGUCAGGUAAUGUACAUGCGAUAUAUUUUGGAAUUUAAAAACAAACAACUGGUUCAAAAGUUUGCUGCUGAAGACAUUUAUAUAUUGGCUCUUGAUGGAGAUGUCAAAUUCGAACCUGAGGAUUUCUUGAGUUUAAUGCGUCUUCUUAAACAAUCAACGAAUACAGGAGCAGCCUGUGGUAGAAUUCAUCCUGUAGGAUCAGGGUCAAUUGUGUGGUAUCAAAUGUUUGAGUAUGCUAUUGAUCAUUGGCUACGAAAAGCAACCGAACAUGUCACAGGUUGUGUACUUUGCACUCCUGGUUGUUUCAGUCUUUUCCGAGGAUCGUCAAUUUUGAAGGUCUUAGAUACUUAUAGUGAGGAAGCAACAAAACCAAGGCACUAUUUACAAUAUGACCAAGGCGAAGACAGAUGGUUAUGUACUUUGCUUCUUAAAAACGGAAUGAAAAUCGAAUAUACUACAGAAUCAAACGCCUCUACAUUUGUUCCUGAAGGAUUUUAUCAAUUGUACAAUCAACGCCGACGAUGGACACCUUCAACCAUAGCUAAUAUUGUGGAUCUGCUAAUAUCUUGGAAGGAAAUAACGGAGAAAAAUGACAACAUAUCGGUACUUUACAUCAGUUACCAUUUGUGUUUGUUAAUUUCAACCCUAUUAACACCAGGCACUAUAUUCAUGUUGAUAGUAGGAUCUAUAAUUAUCAGCUUUCAGUGGAUUCACUCCUUCGUUAUACUGAUUGUGAAUAUCAUAGUAGUGUCAUUGUUUAUGCUAGUGUGCGUAUGUGCAUCGACGCAGAAACAGGAAUGGAAAUGUUUACUUCCGGGGCUUAUUUACUUCUUUGCAACACCGGCAAUGUCCAUGCUUAUGUUCUUGUAUGCACUCGGUAAUUUACAUGAUGUGUCUUGGGGAACAAGAGAGACAAAGUCAGAGUCAGAGUCAGCAAUAAGUAAAAGUCAAGAGGAAAUGGAAGAAGAGAAAGGCCAUUUUUGUAGUUUUGGAAAAUUGUGCACCUGUAUGUUAUGCCCAACAAAUAAUUACUCAAAGAGUGAAUUUAUACUGAGUAUUCUUAAUAAAUGGAGAUAUCUCAAAGAUGAUCCGAGUGUAAAACGAGGUCAAGCCGAUAAAGCGGAUCAAGUUGAUAUUAACAUGCUAAAUGAAUUCUCAGGCCCAGGCAGUAAAAAGGCAAGUUCUCAUAAAGAAGUAGGUGUUCAAAUCACUAUACAGGAAAACACAUGGUGGAUACAAACCAUCAACAGCCACCUAAAACCCUUUGAAAAAGAUCCUAUGGAAGAGGAGAAAUACUUACAAGAAAAACAAAGAAUUGAAAAGAAAUUAUUUGAUCUGCGUAAUAAAGUUUGCGCGCAGGUUUACAUGCUGAAUGCUCUUUUGAUAGCACUCAUAUACUCACUGACAGAGGUAGAUGUAUUUACAAUUAUUUUAACAAUUAAUGUGAACUGCAGUGGAAAUCAAAUUGAGAUUGUUCCUAUAGCAGUUCUCUUCAUAGUGGUGUUUGGUGUCCUUCUUUUGAUCCAAUUCAUCUGUAUGAUUGUUCAUAGGUUUACCAUGCUUGUAAAUAUUGCUGCCAAAACACGACUUAAAAAAGUCAAUUAA